AUGCCCAUAAUUUAUAGGAAAUCCUUAAAACUAUUUAAAAGAAACAAUGAAGGACCAGAUGAAAUUAAAAUAAAUAUUAAUAGUGCAAAUAAAAAACAUUGCAAUAAUUCUGUUAUAACAUCAAAAUAUACCAUUUUUAAUUUUAUAUUUUUAAAUAUAUAUGAGCAAUUUCAUAAAAUAUCAAAUGUUUAUUUUUUCUUUAUCGGUAUUUUACAAGCAAUACCUCAAUUUACAGCUACUAACGGAAUACCAACUGUCUUUUUCCCAUUGUUAAUUGUUCUAAUCGCUAAUGCUAUUAAAGAUGCAUAUGAAGACUGGAAUAGACAUAAAACUGAUAAAAUAGAAAAUAAUAGGAUAUGUUAUGUUAUAACAAAUGAUGAAACAAACGUAGAUUAUAAUAAUAAGAAGAAUGAAAAAAAAAAAUCAUGUAAAUUAUGGAAUUUUCUUACAAGAAAAAAAAAAAAAGUAAGGAGUACUGAAAGUAGUAUAGAUGAGGGAGCAUUUACUGAAGAUAGAUCUGAUGUAAAUGAUUUCAUGAAAAAUUAUGAAGAUAGCUUUGAAAAUAUUGAAGGAACUAUUAAAAAAAGAUGGAAAGAUAUAACUGUUGGUGAUAUAAUUUUAUGUAGGAAGUCAGAAUUUUUUUGUGCAGAUAUAUUACUACUAUGUACUAGUGAUAAAAACGGAAUAGCGUUUGUUGAAACAUCAAGCUUGGAUGGAGAAACCAAUUUAAAAGUUAAAGAAGCAAAUGGAUUUCUAUUUAAUAUUUUGAGUUCUGAUAGAACCGAGGCAAUUCAAAAAGUAAAACAAAUAAAGGGUUUUAUUUUGAGUGAUAUUCCUAAUAAAGAUUUAUCAACUAUGUAUGGUACAAUUUAUUUUUUAAAAGAUGAAAAAGUGAAUGUGUUAGAUAAUGACUUAAAUGAAAUAUUACAAAGUAAUACUGAACAAAUAGAAUCACGAAAAAAACGAAUUUCAAGUUCAGAUGUAAGCAAAAAUGGCAGCAAAGUAAGUAAUAUGAAUAGCAAAACAAUUAGUAGAACGGAAACUUUAAAAAAAAUAAAUACAGAUAAUUAUUUAAAAAUACCUUUUGAUUCGAAACAGUUUGUAUUAAGAGGGUGUAAAUUAAAAAAUACAGAUUGGAUAAUUGGAAUAGUUAUAUAUACCGGAAAAGAAACAAAAAUACAAAUGAAUUCCACCAAACCAAUUAGGAAAACAAGUAAACUAGAAAGGUUAACGAAUAGAAUGACCAUAAUCAUUUGGUUUAUUCAAAUGAUUAUUUGUUUUAUAUCAGCAUAUUAUAACGCUAUGAUUGUGAGCUCAUCAAGAAAAAAGAAGUUUCCAUAUUUACCUUUUAAUUUAGAAAAAGAAAAAACACCAAUUGUUGUUGGUGUUAUAUCUUUUUUUUCAUGGAUAGUUAUAACUGGUAAUUUUGUUCCUAUAAGUUUAAUUGUUACUAUGAGUUUCGUUAAAGUUGUUCAAGCGUAUUUCAUAUCUUGUGAUAAAAAUAUGAUUCAUAAGGUUCAAACGGAUAAUCCUUUUGGAGAACAAAAGGAAAUUUCAAGUGUAAAAGAGGAAAAUUCCUAUGACUUAAAUGAAAAGCAGAAAAAUAAAGUAACAAAUAACCUAUUAAAAAUAUCAGACAACCAAAGUAAACAAGAUAAAAAUUAUAAAAGUAAUUUAUUAAAUAAGGAUUUGGAAUCUUCCAAUAGUUUAAUGACAAAUGUUCAAAAAAAUGAGUUAUCAAAAAUUAAUAAAUCUCAAGAAAUCAAAGAAAAAAAUUAUAUAUAUUUUAAUGCUGUACCUAGAACAUCUAGCUUAAUUGAAGAGUUAGGACAAAUAGAAUAUAUUUUUUCAGAUAAAACAGGAACAUUAACUUGCAAUAUUAUGGAAUUUAAAAAAUGCGCAGUUAAUGGUAUUUCAUAUGGAAAAGGAUUAACAGAAAUUAAAAAAAAUAUUUUGAAAAAAAAAAAUUUAGAAAUUCCUGAUGAACCUGUUAUGAAAUCAAAAAAGAAAACAUCUAAUGUAAAUAUUGUAGAUAGCAACUUGGUAGAUCAUUUGCAUGAUAUAAAUCAUUUUAACCAUGCUCAUUUAAUUAGCUUCUUUCUUCAUUUAGCUAUUAAUCACUCAGUUAUUUGUGAAAGGGGAAAAGAUGGCGUUAAUACAUAUUCAUCAAGUAGCCCAGAUGAAGAAGCAUUAGUAAAUGCAGCAAAACAUUUUGACAUUACUUUUUUAUAUAGAAAGGAUGGAAAAUAUGGAAUAAGUAUAUUUGGAAAAAUAUAUGAGAUUGAUACAUUAGCAUCUAUUGAAUUUACAAGUCAAAGAAAAAUGAGUAGUAUUAUUUGUAGAAUACCUAUAUUUAGUUGUUGUAAUCAUGGCAAUAAUAAUGAUUUUAAUAGCAGUAAUAAUAAUAAUAAUAAUAAUAAUUCUAAUACCUAUGAGAGAGUAAAAAAUUAUGGUAAAGCAUUUAACGAAAAAAAUAUACACAAAAGAGAAAAUAAUGAUUUCAUUAUAAAAAAUGAUGCAACAUCUAAUUCAAAAUUAGCUGAUAAUAAUAAUGUUAGUGAAACAUGUAACUGUAAAAAUAGCAAGAAAUCUAAAAUAAUGUUAUUUUGUAAGGGUGCUGGAAGUGUUAUAUUAAAAAAGUUAGCAAAAAAGACAAAAGUGGAUGAUAUAACUAUUGAACAUAUGGAAGCAUAUGCUGAUGAAGGAUUAAGAACUUUAUGCAUUGCACAAAGAGAGUUAAGCGAAGAGACAUUUGCAAAAUGGUAUGAAUUAUAUAAGGAGGCAUCUCUUAGUAUAAAAGAUAGGGAAAGAAAUUUAGAACAUGUAGCUUCAUUUAUUGAAAAUGAUUUAAUAUUACAAGGUGUUACAGGUAUAGAAGAUAAACUACAAGAAGGAGUUAGCUCUACUAUUGAAGAUUUAAGAAUUGCCGGAAUUCAUAUAUGGAUGUUAACUGGUGAUAAAAUUGAAACAGCAAUGAAUAUCGGGAUUGCAGCAAAUUUAAUAGAUAAUUAUUCAGUACAGUAUGUAUAUACAGAAGAUUACAUAUCGAGUGAAAACGAAUUGAUGAAAAAAUUAGACGAAGAUAUUUUGAAAGCUGAAAAGUCUUUAAAUUUACCACACUAUGAUUUUGAUGAUAAUGACGAUAAUACAAAAAAAAUUUUUAAGAACAAUUUUUGUAAAAAUAUUUUUUUCAGAAAAAAAAAAAAUUCUUUAUCAAUAAAACCAGAUAAUUAUAAGACGCUAACGAGCUCAUUCAGUCAUGUUCUAGUUGUUGAUGGGAAUGUUAUUGAUAUACUAUUAAGUAAAAAAUUUGAAAAAAAAUUUUUUUAUUUAGCAGAUAAGUGCACUUCCGUUAUUUGUGGUAGAGUUAGCCCAUAUCAGAAAGGAGCUAUUGUAUCAUCUGCAAACAGAUUAUUAAAAAAAAUUACUUUGGCAAUAGGAGAUGGAGCAAAUGAUCGUAAUAUGAUUAACAGAGCUAAUAUAGGAAUUGGAAUCAGAGGACAAGAAGGAGUUCAAGCAUUUAAUUCCUCUGAUUAUGGUAUUAGCCAAUUUCGCUUUUUGAAAAAUUUAUUAUUAGUGCAUGGUAGGUUAUCGUAUAGAAGAAUAAGUAAACUAGUGGUAUAUAUGUUUUAUAAAAAUAUUGUUUUAAUUUUUCCGUUAUUUAUAUUUGGUUCUCUCUCAUUGUAUUCAGGACAAAAAAUAUAUUAUGAAUUUUUAUUGCAAGUAUAUAAUGUAUUUUUUACUUCAAUUCCUGUUAUAAUUUUUGCCAUAUUAGAUCAAGAUAUUAAUUUAAAUACAGCAUUAGAGAAACCCGUUUUGUAUAAAUUAGGCAUUUAUCAUUAUUAUUUUAAUAUUAAUACUUUUGUUUCAUGGGUUAUGAAUAGUCUUUUUCAUGGUAGUGUUGUUUUUUUAAUACCUUUAUAUUUUUUAUCUUAUUAUAAUAUUCCAAGUCUUGAUGGAAUACCCUAUGAUAUAUGGACAGUUGGAUGUGUUACUUUUUUUUUAACAGUUUUGGUUGUUAAUUUAAAAAUUUUGUUAGAAACCUAUUAUUUAAAUAUGUUACCUAUAAUUGCUGUUUCUUUAAGCAUAUUUUCAUUUCUUCUUUUAGUUACUUCUUUUUCCUUUAUGUAUUUCGGAAGUAGUCAUAUAUUAGGAACUGUGAUUUAUUUAGUUCGAUCACUUCGUUUUUGGCUAGUUUCUCUAUUAAGUUUAUUUGUUGCAUUAUCAAGAGAUUAUAUUUUUAAAGUUUAUAAAAGAAAUUUUAAUCCAGAAGUUUAUCAUAUAUUACAAGAUCAUGAAGAUACACAGGAAGGUACAUCUAACUUUCUGGAACAAAUUAUCCCAGAUAAUUUUGAAAAUAAAACAUAUAAAAAUGAAAAAUCAAAAUCACUUGGAUACGCAUUUAGUGAAGCCGACCCAGCUUGCAUACAAUUAAUUAGAAAACAAGACAAAAUGAUAUAA